AUGGAACCCAAAUACAAGCUGUCAGACGCCGAAUCAGAGUCGGAGCCUGAUGUUCCUACCGUUCCUUCCGAUAAACAGCUAGAGCAAGGCUUGCGCAAUGAGGUUGCUGGGAUCUUCAAAUCCGGCAACAUGGAGGAGCUUACCGUGAAACGGGUACGACUGGCGGCGGAGAAGAAGCUUGGUCUUGCCGAGGGAUACUUCAAAACUACGGACGAUUGGAAAGCACGAAGUGAGCAGAUAAUUAAGGCGGAAGUGGACGUGCAAGAAAGUGCGCAAAACGCCAAUGAGCCCACCGAGAAAUCGCCGUCUCCUCCACCACAGACUAAAAAGAAGGCACCAGCCAAGCGAUCCACGAGUGACACUGCACCCAAGCCGAGAAAGCGCCAGAAGACACAGACCCCUGUUUCGAAGGAUGAGGCUACAGGGCCAUCUGGUAACGAGAGUGAGGAAGAGGUCGCAAAGCCGAAGAGCCGUGCAACCGCACCCAAGAAAAAGGUCUCCCCGAAACCCGCGACGGACGAGCCGGAAGGUUCAGAUGCCCAGGAUGAUUCCGAUAGAGUGAAGUCAUCAGAAAUUGUCAAAGAUGAUUCGGAGAGCGAGAUGUCUGUGGUCUUGGACGAGGAGCCCAAACCAAAACCCGCGCGCAAGCGAAAGAGUACCGAGACGGCUCCUAAGAAGGAAAAGAAGCCUGCGCCCAAAGCCAAAUCCAAAGACGAGGAGGAUCCAGAUCAAACAGAGAUCAAGCGGUUACAAGGGUGGCUGGUGAAAUGCGGCAUUCGCAAGAUGUGGUUCCGUGAGCUGGCACCGUACGACACCGCAAAGGCGAAGAUCAAGCAUCUCAAGGGAAUGCUAGAGGAUGCCGGUAUGACGGGGCGAUACUCGCAAGAGAAAGCGAACAAGAUUCGCGAUGAGCGCGAGCUCAAGGCAGACUUGGAAAUGAUCCAACAAGGGGCGAAGCAAUGGGGAAAAGGGAGCGGAGACGAAGGAGAAGAGGAUGGACCACCUCGACGCCGUGCUGCUGCCCGAGGUCGACAGGCACUUGCAUUUUUGGAGAGCGAUGGCGAAGAGUCGGACUAA